AUGGCCGAAUCAAUGGAGGAGCAGAGGGAGGUUCUGUAUGGAGUUGAAGGUGUAUUGGAGAAGGGUUUGGCAAGGUGUUUAUGCUGGUUGUUGAAUCCUCUUUCUAUCAAUGCCGCUCCUGAUUCAAUUACUCAACUCAUUGGAAUCAAACCAUAUACUCAUGAUUUGUGCUGCAUUCCAGGACUUGACAACCUAUUUAAUCCCCAAGGACCCAUAUUAGAAGCACAAAAAGAAGCAGCCAAACUGUUUGGAGCAUCGCAUACAUGGUUUCUUGUUGGAGGGACUACUUGUGGUAUCCAGGCUUCCAUAAUGGCAACCUGUUCACCCGGAGAAUAUCUUAUUCUUCCCAGAAACUGUCAUGCAUCAGCUAUAUCUGGCAUGGUUAUAUCUGGCGCAGUGCCAAAGUACAUUAUUCCUGACUAUAAAAAUGAUUGGGAUCUCCCUGGUGGCAUCACUCCAUCACAGGUACUGAAAGCUAUCAAGGAACUAGAACUGGAAGGAAAAAAACUAGGAGCAGUUUUCAUCACUUCACCUACUUAUCAUGGUGUUUGCAGUAACUUGACUGAGAUUUCUGAGAUGUGUCAUUCUCGGAAAAUUCCUUUGAUUGUUGAUGAAGCUCAUGGUGCACAUCUAGGGUUUCAUUCUGAACUGCUUAGGUCAGCCCUCUAG